AUGAGGAUGACACUGGAACAGGCUGCCCAGAGGACAACAGAGAAAACUCAGGAGUUGAAAGGGUGCUUUGAGUGUUGCAUCAAAUGCCUGGGAGGUAUUCCCUAUGCAUCUUUGAUUGCCACCAUCCUGCUGUAUGCUGGAGUUGCGCUGUUCUGUGGUUGUGGACAUGAAGCACUUUCAGGAACUGUCAACAUUCUGCAAACCUACUUUGAGAUGACAAGAGCUGCAGGAGAUCUGCUUCCCCAAGUGAUUGACAUCUUCAAAUAUGUGAUAUAUGGUGUAGCAGCUGCAUUCUUUGUAUAUGGCAUUUUGCUGAUGGUGGAGGGAUUCUUUACAACUGGUGCCAUCAAGGAUCUUUAUGGGGACUUCAAAAUCACCACUUGCGGCAGAUGUGUCAGUGCCUGGUUUAUUAUGCUGACAUACAUCUUUAUGUUGGCCUGGCUUGGUGUUACAGCUUUCACUUCUCUGCCUGUUUACAUGUACUUCAAUCUGUGGACCAUUUGCCGAAAUGCCACCAUAGUGGAUGGAGCUAAUCUCUGCUUGGAUCUUCGCCAGUAUGGUAUUGUAACUAUUGGAGAGGAAAAGAAGGUUUGCACUUCAUCAGAAAGUUUCAUCAAGAUGUGUGACUCUAAUGAGCUUAACAUGACAUUCCACUUAUUCAUUGUGGCACUUGCUGGAGCUGGAGCAGCAGUCAUCGCUAUGGUCCAUUAUCUCAUGGUCUUGUCUGCCAACUGGGCCUAUGUGAAAGAUGCAUGCAGAAUGCAGAAAUAUGAAGAUAUUAAAUCAAAGGAGGAACAAGAGCUUCAUGAUAUUCAUUCUACUCGUUCUAAAGAGCGGCUCAAUGCUUACACAUAA